AUGCGUUGCUUGUUGAUUCUGCUAUUUUUUCUGAUUGGUUCAAUUGAAGCUUGUCAUCCAAGAAUGGAUCCUGUCACUAAACCGACUGAACCUUCUGCUACUUCAACACAAGCAGCCACAGUCACAACUACAACAGUUACUACGACCACCACAGAAGCUACUACUACCACAACCGAAGGACGUGAGUUCCACUAACUCUCAAAAUUAAAACAGGCUGACAAAUAUAUAUUUUUUCAGCCAAAACUUGCGACGCAGACUGGACGACACUGAAUCGAGAAAACGGCGUAUGGUGUGUGAAAGCCGAGGAUUUGUCAGCCAACACGUAUGAAGAAGCUGAAGCACUUUGCGCCGCAUCUGAUGCAAAAAUAUCAUCAGUGGAGACCGAAGAAGAGCUCGGAAUCCUCUUGAAUCUGGGUGUUGAGAGAUAUAUGGUGGUGGGAGCGGAUCAUUCAGCGGGUUGCGAGUGUACAACAGGUGUAGAGUGUACAGCGUCAGCCACGUGUAACCUGCAAACCGCGUUUAAUUGGAAUGAUGGUUUUGUUGCUGGUCGAACGGUUUUUGAGACUGCCGAUAGUUCAGUGAAUUAUGGCGAUAUUUUGCUAAUCUAUCCUUCACCAACACCCUAUUUAACAUCACCGCUAAUGUCUAGUCUUACAAUAAGUGCUGUAAGUGUAGCUUGUGGUAAAGAGGGAACAGUUUCAUUGUUAUCUAGAUAAUUUAAUUUUAAUUGUUUUUAAUGAAUAAAUAUUGUUUUACUUCUUGUUUUCUACUGAAAAGUGCAAAGACUGAAAAGUGCAUUUUUUUUUCGCAAAUUCAUCUCAUCAACUACACUUUCUACACGAAAUCAAAGCAAAAUGUGAUCAGUGUGAAUGAAUCAUAUGUCAUACUCCCUAGAGAAUCCAGAAAAGCGGGGGUAUCAUAAUAAUCAUCAUCCACACAUCAGUAUUAUUUUCAUUCGGCGAUUUUUUGAGCUACGCUUUCUUUUUAUUUCUCACUUCCUCAUCUCGAGAAAUGUUCGCUGAAAUCGUCUAUAAAAGUGGCGAUCAAUACAUCCAAACUGCUGAAGAUCGAGAGGCCGCAAUUCUUGUGUUCAUCCCCUGUUUCAUCGGGGUCGUAAUGACGGUGAUUGUGAUUCGGGGAUGUAUGAAAAUCCCGGCGAUGAAUUCGCCUUUUGGAUAUUUGAUGAAAUACAACAUGUUUGCUGGGAUAAUUGCGCCUAUCAAUAUGGGAUUUUUCUACUUUUUCGGAAUCUACAUGUGAGUUUUAUGGGAGGGAGAAGUGUGAAAUAAAAAAAACCUCAAUUUUGCGGUAUCAAAACCAAAAGAUACAUACUUUCCGGCCUUCUCACAAAAAAAAUUUUCUGCGCCGGGUAGAAAUCGAACCUGCGACCUUGUGAAGCAAAAUCGAGCUCGCUAACCACUAUACCAAAGUAGCAGAAGGGAAAAUUAUUUUUUUUGAGAGUAUGAACAAGGUCUGCCUCUGACCGCUUUUGUUUUGAAAAUUGCCUUUUUGGGGCUAAAGCGGCCUAUUCAAAAGCCAUACAUGAACUACUCGCUAUAUUUUCAAAAAGUUAACCCCCCUAACCAACUUUUUGUGGGGUUUUGGCCUCUAAAAGCAUAAAAGUCUCCAAAAUUUUCAAAAGUUAAGGGCCCUCCCUUCGAAUUCGGAGUCCCAGAUCAUAUAUGUCAAAAGCUCUGAUUCUAGGGACAUCAAAUUGAUCAUUGAUUAUUCCCGACUCUUCGGUCAAGUCUCAACAACUCUCAUCCCAAUUCUCCAAUCACAAUAUCUAUCAGUAUCUCUCAAUCGAUUCAUCGCACUUGUCUUCCCCAUGCAAUACAGCAAAUUCUAUGAUUUGAAAUUCAGAAGACUCUAUGUUUUGACUUGCUGGACGGUUCCCAUUAUUUAUACAACGCUUUUCUCAUUGAAUUGUAAGUAGAAGUUUCGAUUUAAAAAAAUUUGUCUUAACAAAAAAAUUAAAAUUUUUGCAGUUAAUUGCGGCUACAAGUUCUAUCACUAUGGCUGGGUGUUCUCCUACGUCAUUUCUGAUUCCUGCGGUACAAAGUUCGAAUCGCUACUCCGCGGAGUACAACUUCUUCUGGGCAACUUGAUUAUUCUCAUCGAUGUGAUGACAUUGUUUUUGCUAGUCUGCUUCAGAGUAAGUUCUUAGAAAGCAGUACGAACCCUCUCAUCAUUGCUCAUCUUAUAGAAACGCGUCUUCACAACCAGAAGUGCCGACAUUCGAAAACGCGAAAUAAAUUUCGCGCAGCAAGUCAUCAUUCAAGGCUUCGUCUUCAUGGGCUACACAAUCUGGUAUAGCAUGGGCUACAAAUGGGUUCCCGGACAAUCUGAGCAAUGGCGUAUUUUUUGGACAUCCACAUUUUCAGCCAACUUGCUCCAUAUUUUUGCAACGUAAGUUUGGUAUUUUACAAAGUGUGAUUUGAGAACAUAGUUGUUUUACAGUGGUGUGAUCUUCAUCUUCAAUGCCGAGUUUUCGAGAUGGUUGUGGACAAAGAGCAGAAAUGAUGUUUCUGCCAGAACCGUUGAGAAUUCUAUCAGAACUAUUGUAUCGCAAGCAAAAUAUUGA